GGCAUUUCUCGAGAGAGUGUCCGCACCCUCAUAGGGCACCUAUGACGGGGGCUAGCGCUACUCCUGUGAACAAUCCGAUCCUUGCUUUACCACCACCGAUGGCUACCCCAUUGACUUAUGCUCCUGCUCCUUUGGCCCCAGCCCCGGUGCCUGUUCCGGCUUAUGGUGCGGGGGAAGGGUAUGGUCAACGUGGCGGCAGCGGCUAUUGGCGACAGCAGCUUGAUCGGUAUGCAACUUUCAUGGACAAGGCCGAGGCCAAGGAGGCUACUGAUUGCGAGAAUGAAGAGAAAGAAAAGAUGCUGAAGGAACGGGAAGACAUGAAGUCAAGAAUUGGCGAUAGAUUAGAGAGUAGAAUUGCGAACAUCUACGGGACGGUAUUGACUACAGGUUGCAAGUCAGUUGGAACCACGGCUGGGCUAACUGGCGAACAGACUAAUGUCGAGAAGGAGUUGUCCAAACUGAAGAAGGAGAAUGAGGAGUAUCGAAGGCGGUUAGACAAGGAGUCAUCGAACAACGAGAACCUAGUUGAUAGAUUGCUUAGAGAGAAUGAGAAACUUCGGCGGAAGUCAACAAUACUACAGGAUCCUUUGGAGAGUAGUAUGAGCCUACUUGUAAAGGAGAUGCAAGAACAGAUGCAAGAGCUUCGUGUAGGGAGGGAUUUUGAUAAAGAGUUAUUGAAUGGUCUGAAGGCGGAAGUUUGAUUGCUUCGGAAAGAAAAGGAGAAGUCCGCGGAUGAGGCGAGAGUGUGGAUGAACAAAGGACUCAGGUCAGG